UUUUAUUUGGUGAACAGUUGGUUGAUGUUCAAGCUGAGAAUUGUCUGUGCAUAAGCAUGUAUCUGAAUUCAGAAUUGCUGCUCUGCUUGGUUUGUGUUAUUUUUCCAAGUGCCAUUUCUGUGAGCCAUGUACCUGUUCUGCUUUGGUCAACGGAAAGCUCUAUGUGGAAUUCAGCACAAGCAGGAAAUAAUGGACAUAUCACCUCUAAGCAUGAACUGCAAACGUUACUACGGUCCGCUACUACAUCAACACCCAUGAAUGUGAUCAUGUUCCUUCAGGACACUCUCAGUAUUGAUGACUUCACGUACUAUAGCACAGUAUCUGGCAGUGAGAAUCCACUACAUAAUGUGCAGGGAAUUUUGGAUUCCUCUCCAUAUUCUCUGGUGCUACCAGCAGUAGACUGGAAGACAGCUGACAAUCUACCUGAUUACCUUAGAACCCAAGAAGACUGGAAUGUGAUCAGUGUUGACAAUUACAACACUUCUCUGAAGCUGGAUAAAAGCAAACCAAACCUAAUUUUAGUUACACUGCAGCCAAUACCAAGAUCUAAUGAAAAAGAUGCUACUGAAGCUUUCUCUAAAAAUGAUGAACAGAUUGGAAGACUCAAUAAAGAACUCAUGGAGAGGGGGGGUUCGUUUACCGCAAUUUAUACCGGAAGGAGACCUUCCAAGGUUUUUAAAACUUUUGACCAGGCGCCAACAUUAGGACGACAACUCCUGUCCACAGAUACUACUGCUCCAUAUCCACCAUUAAAUGUGACAAAUGAAAAUGGCACCACCUGCAUUUUGAUUUAUGCUAAAACAUUUUCCCUUAAAUCAAACAGUACAAAAACUUUUGAUCUCACCAAUGCUACAUUCAUAUCCCAAACGGCACAAACAAACUCAUCGGUGUGUUCUGCCUCCAACACCACAUUGUCUUUACUGUAUAUGUCACCUGGAAAUGGAUUAAGCAGCCUAGAAAUAAGGUUUUAUAUGACCAACAAGUUCUACACUGGGUCUGCUAGAGACUGGUUCAAAUUAGAACAAGUCAUGAUAAUCCCCAACCAAGAAAUGGAGAAAAAUGCUACUUUCCGAACAACAUAUGCUUCAGCUCCAGCAGAGUAUUCAUAUCAUUGCCAGCAGGUUGGAACGAGUUCCCUCCAUGCAGAAAUCUUUGUUCCAAACAAUGAAGCAGCAAAAUACUGGGAAAUAUUCCUUUAUGAAUUCCAGAUACAGGGAUUCCAUAUCAAGAACAACCUUUUUUCUUAUGCAAGUGACUGUUCAUCUUUUUUUACCCCUGCAAUAUGGAUGGGCCUCGUAUCCUCCAUUAUUUUACUAUGGAUCCUGUCAUACGGACUCUUCAUGAUAAUGCAGCUAACUACAAAUGAUAGAUUUGAUGAUCCAAAGGGCAAACCAUUGUCUGUUCCUCAGACAGAGUAGAAUUUUUGUCUUUAGUUUCCUUGGCCUUUCUAAGAAAAAAUAAAAUCUUAUAUACAUAUUUCAGUGCUUACCGUACUUUAAACUGAUAGUUUGGUACUUCUAAUACCCAAUAUUAGUCAAACUUUAAGAUAUAGGUUAACAUAGGUUCACAAAUAUUCCUGACUUCUUAGCAGUUUUAUGAAUCUUUUGUUUCAUGUUUCAGACUUAUAGUAAAUUGUAAUAAAUUGUAAUAAAUGUAACACAAUCUA